AUGAUUGUCGAAACGCACAUCAUCCCUCAAGGAAUAAUCCUCGCCGUCCUCGCCCCGUUCGUCUUCAUUCUCAACUUUCCACCUCUCAUAUGGCAUUUCCGCAACCGCAACACAGCAGCCAUUUGCAUGGUCUUCUGGGUCAUGCUGAUGAACUUCAUGACUGCAAUCAACGUCAUCAUAUGGCCGUAUAUUGACAUGCGGUCCAUGUAUGACGGUCAAGGUCUUUGUGAUGUAGAGAUCAAGCUGCUUGGAGCCAGAAGUCCCGGAUUGACAGCAGCAGUGUUGUGCUUGUUGCGUGCACUUGCCAGGGUGCUGAACACAGAGAAGAAUCUACUUGGGCCGACGAAAGCACAGAAGCGAAGGAAUACAGCGGUUGAGAUGGUAUGGUGUGUGGUGUUGCCGUUGUUUACCAUGCUGUUGCAGUGGAUCGUGCAGUUCAAUCGGUUCGCUCUCACCGGUGUCUCUGGCUGUCAACCGUUCAUCACAAACGACUGGACGGGUUGGACGCUCACAGCUCUGCCACUGCUACUCACCAACGCUGUUGCCGUCUACUUUGCUGUCAUCGUCAUCAUUCGCCUCUUCAAAUACAAAUCUUCCUUCAACUCCAUCCUCGCCAGCAGCAACACAACACGCUCCCGCUUCCUCCGCCUCUUCAUCAUCGCCUUUGUCUUUCUCAUCGGCAUCACCCCUCUCCAGAUCUACAUCCUCGUCGUCCAAGUUCCUCCCCCAGGUGCCAAGCCCUUCUCCUUCUCUACCAUCCAUGACCCCUCUUCUUGGAAUUCCAGUGUGGUGAUACCAUCUACGGUCUUGUACGAUCGCUGGACCAAUCUCGGGUGUGGGCUUUUGAUCUUCUUCUUCUUUGGGCUGGGCAAAGAUGCGGUGGGUAUGUAUAGAGAGUGGCUUGUCAAGCUUGGAUUGGGUGCAUGUUUUCCUGUGCUUUUGCAGACCGAACAUUCCCAGCGGGGAAUGCUGUCGUCCGACCAUUCGAAGAUCCCGUUGAGGAGAAAGACUUCUUGGUCGAAGAUUGAAAGGUGA